UAGAACUAGUGUGUCCCUGACCUACAUGUACAUGUCAUUUAACACUGAAAGUACAAUUAUGGAAGAAUCGUGUAUUUCCAAGUUUUUCGCGGAUAAUUGUGGGUUUUUGACAUACGGGGUAAUAGGAGUAUGUGCGUUUCUCACCAUCCGACAGUAUAUGCAGGGCCCAAAAUGCCGCAGCACAUUGAAACUGGCAGGCAAAACUGUCCUUAUAACAGGAGCGAAUACCGGCAUUGGGAAAGAAACCGCAAAAGAUCUGGCCAAGAGAGGAGCUCGAGUCCUUUUAGCAUGUAGAGAUCUGACGCGAGCACAGAAAGCUGCCAGUGAUAUCAUCAACAGCACGGGAAACACGAACGUCGUGGUAUACAAGUUGGACCUUUCCUCCCUCAAGUCCGUCCGAGAAUGUGCCGAAGAGGUGAAGAAAAAUGAGCAGAGACUUGACAUUCUGAUCAACAACGCAGGUGUGAUGUGGACCCCACAGUGGAAGACGGAGGAUGGGUUUGACAUGCAGAUGGGGACGAACCACCUCGGACAUUUCCUUCUCACUAACUUACUGCUCGAUCUGGUGAAAAAGUCAGCGCCAAGUCGCAUUGUUACUGUCUCAUCUCUUGGUCAUAGACGCGCCAACUUAAAUCUUGAGGAUAUCAAUUGUGCGAAGUCAUUCAGCACCGUGACAGCGUACGCUAACAGCAAACUGGCCAACAUCCUCUUCACAAGAGAACUUGCCAAACGACUUGAAGGUACCAACGUCACUGCUGUCAGCUUACAUCCCGGCGCUAUUGCAUCGGAGCUUGGGCGCCAUAUUGAAGAUAGAAACCUGGUAUCUCGACUUCUAGCAAAGGUCUUGUACUACCCAUUCCUGAAGCAUCUGAUAAAAACACCCACAGCAGGGGCACAGACGACACUCUACUGCGCUCUUGAUCCAGACGUAGAAAACCAUCCAGGAAAAUAUUUCAGUGACUGUGCUGUCAAAGAGCCAACAAAAGCUGGACAAGAUGACGUCAUGGCCUCCAAACUGUGGGCACUCUCAGAAAAACUCACGGGCCUUAAGAAGUAAAUGUGCUCCAGUUUUUGAAACAGUAUUGAAGCAAGCCUAUUCCAUUGAAGGGAAAAUAUACACUGAUACAAAUGUGUGAAAACAAGGACAAUCAAAUAUCAAUGUACUUAUUGGAGCAUGCAUCUGUUCCAAACCAUUUCUGUACAUUUCAUUUACACACAACUAUGCAAUUUGUUAUGAAUUCAUGCUGCUAAUAGACAUGUAGAUAGUAUACAGUGUAUUUAGUUUGGGUGUACAAUUAAAAAAAUAGGUUUCCAAUUAAUGCAUUACAUAUGAACUGUAGUGUUACACAGGAACUGCUAACCCUUACCAUAAUUGAACGUAAACUGCAUACUUAAAUCAGGAAUAUUUACCUUGUAAAGCUCAGGCAGCAAUUUCUCAAAACAUCUUAAGUCCCUGCUAACAGUAUUAAGCUAAGCUAGCUAUUUUUUUGUUUUUCAAUAAUUUGUGUUAAUAUUUACUUUUUUAAGAGUUUUUAUAUUUUUAUACUUUAGAUAGGAAUUAUCUGUAUGAUAAUCACUAUAAACCAUUUUUAAUUUAUAAAAAUUCAAUUUAAGUAUGUAUUUCAGCUAAUUUACUUGGGGCUUGAUGGCUUAGAAUGUAUUACAUUUGUAUUGUAUGCCUUUGUAGGGUCUUUAUAAAAGUAUUUAUAUGGAAUAUGGUGUUAUAAAAU